CCGUCCGCCUGCGGGACACCAGGUCACCCCGGGACGGCCACGGGGGGCCUCGGCAGCACCGCCCCGACCCCCGCUCCCGGCCCGCAGCCCCGCGCGCGCGUCCUUCCCGCCACGGGCCCUGCCCGCCAUUGGCUGGCAGGGUGCGAUUGGCUGGCAGGGUGGGCCAAUGGCGAGGCAGCUGCUGGGCGGGACAAGCCCCUGGGCCACGCGAGGCGGCGGGCGCGAGGCGCGUGGUGCCCGCGGUCCCGCCCCGCCCGCUCCCCUGCGCGGCCUCGGGCACCUCGGCGCUGCCCCCUCUCCCGCCGGCAGGAUGUCCGUGGGCUCUCCGUCGGCCACCCCGAGGCUGCUGUACCGCAGCACCCGCCUGCUCCGCGCGGCCUUUCAGCACCUCCACCAGCAGCAGCAGCGAGCAGACGUCUUCUGCGAUGUGGUGCUGCAGGCGGAAGGCGAGGCGGUGGUGGCCCACUGCUGCGUCCUCUCUGUCUGCAGCCCCUUCUUCAUGGAGCAGCUGGGUCGGGAGCUGCCCCCCCGGGGCCGCAGGGUGGUGCUGGAGCUGGGGGGGCUGAGGAUCGGGGCGCUGCGCAAGCUGGUGCGUUUCCUCUACACGGCCGAGCUGGAGGCCACGUGGGAGGAGGCGCAGGAGGUGCUGGCAGCCGCCCGCCGCCUCCGCGUCACCGAGCUCGAGUCGCUGCAGCUGCGGGGGGGACGCCUGAUGCGGCCCGGACCCCAGCGGCAGCUCGACCGCUCCUGCCUGCGCCCAGCCCGGCACGGCUGCCCCGCGGCGGGCGGCAGAGCUGAGCCUGGCGGUGCCACUGUCCCUGCGGGGAGCAGCGCUGUCCCCCCACGGGAGCGGUCGCGCUCUCCAGGGACCGCACGCCCCAGCCCCGGCCCCGUGGGGCGGGUGAAGCUGCGGAAGGUGGAGAGCGGGGGGUGCUGGGAGGUGGUGCAGGAGUGGCAGCCCCGCGCGCUGGCGGCAGGCGAUGGUGGGGUGACAGAACCGCGGCCCCUGUCAGACGAGGAUGCACUGGAGCAGGCCGGCAGGCACUCCCCCCACCAGCGGCCCUCACCAGCAGCCUGGAGGAAGCAGGAGCAGGUGCCCCCCGCACCCCCACAGGGUCACAAGGAGGUGGUGGCACUGGGGAACCCCCUGGGUCACCCUGAGGAGGAGGAUGUGGACGUGGGGACACCGGAGCCGUGCCUGCCCCCUGGCACUGUCUGUGUCUGGCCCUGCCCCUCAUCUGAGUCGGACGAGGAUGUGGAUGUGCUCACUUAGGGGGCGGCUCAGCCUCCCGGGCAAUGCCGCCAGGGCGGCCCUCAGCCCUGGCCAAAAGGCUGUACCAGCCCCAGGCUGCUGGGCCUGGAAAUAAAGCA